AUGGCUAUUUCAACAUGUCAGAAGAUCACCUUCAUCUCUUGCUCCGUCCUGUGUAUGUCUUUAUUCCUACCCAAAAUGUUUUUACCCAGAGGGAAGAAAGAAAUCGUGCACUCGGAGGUUGGGCCAGGGCAUUUUCCUCCCUUACGACAAAGCCAUUCAUUCUCUAGAGAUCAAGAUCACUGGGAUACAGGGUCUCAUUACAUCAAGCAUUACAACCCAGAGGUCAUCGCCAGAGCCAAGGGUGCUAGCAAGCCAAAUCUUCUGGGUCAGUUUAUCCCUGUCUAUGGCUUUGGGAUCUUCCUUUAUAUUAUCUACUUGUUCUUUAAGCUGACAUCUAAGGACAAGCCUCCCAGAAAACGGUGCAGAUUCCCUAUCAUGCAGCCAGAAUACACAUUUCAAGAGAUGCCUACUUGUCAGCUGGUCCAGCUGCAGGCCAGAAUGAGUGAACAAGUGAGAGAAAAGAGGAUGUCUAAAGUUGUCCAACCAUCUUCCAGGUCACGCAGGGGGACACAGAAGCGAGAGGAGAGAAAGCUGAAACAGUUGAGGGAGAUCACCCACAUGAUGUGGGAGAGACAGCUUCAAGAAGGAGUCUCCCCAGAAGAGGAGGCGGAGGAGGCCCCUCACUCUGCAGACUGGGAAGGGUCUCCAGAGGAGACCUACCCAGAAUAUGAUAUGCCCUGCCGCAGACGCAGGUAUCCAAGUGUUAUCCUGGAAGAGGCAGACCAAGUUAUACUCACAGCUGAGGAGCUGGCUGAAAGAAUGGAGAAAGAAGAGGGAGAAGAUGAGAAUGAGUCAGGUGACAAUGACUUGUGUACAAUUGAGAAUAUGGUGAAAGAUGUGAUAAAUGGAAUAAAAGAAGAGGGUGAAAAAGAUGACAAUGAACAAGAAGAUGAAGAGGAGGAGGAGGAAGAAAAAUAUGAUGAGGAAGAGGAAGAUGAUGAGGAAGAGACUGGAGAGGACCAGCCCUGUCUUCCUAAAAGUAUUGAUGAGAAUGAUGAGAGACUGAAGUGCCUAGGUGAAAGGGAAGAGAAACAGAAAGCAAGCAGUAAAAGACGACAAAUCACCUUUAGUGAUCACAGAUAUGUCUACCAUUAUCCAAAGGGUGGUGCUGUUGGCUGCAAGUAUGAGGAAGAGGAGGAGGAAGAGCAUGAGGAAGGAGAAGAGGCAGAAGAGGCAGAAGAGGAGGGGGAUGAAGGGAAUGAAGAGGAAGAAAUUGGUGAUGAUGAAGACUGUGAAGAGGAAGAGGAGGAGGGAGAUCAGUGGAAUGAAGAAGGGCAGAGUGAUAAAGAGGAGAAAGAGGAGGACCCACUGAUGGAGGCUGAGAGUCUGGGCUUUAAUGAUGAUGUCGAAUGUGAUCCUGAAGAGCAGGAAGUGGACCUCUUUGACUUCCUUCAAACAUACCAACCUGAGGUAACUGUAGCUCAAGACUGUGGGACACUUAGAAUGCAUCAUAAUAAACAAAAGGUGAAGAAGUGA